GUAUUUUUGUCCUUGCUACAGGCAGAGCUUGAGAUAGGCAUAAACCAAAAAAUGUCUUUUAAAAGUUAGUAAGCCCAAGACAUUGCAUGUAUUUAAUGAGGCCUGCUCCCGCGGUGCUUAGGUAAUUCACACCCAGUCUCUCUGAAGUUAAUUAUGUGCUAGUAUACAAAGCCUAAAUCCUUAUAAAGUAGCUUCCUUACAGAUGUUACUAUGAACUUAUUAAAUCUUGUGAUGCAUCAUCAGUCUUCUUGGUGUCAGCUAGAGCGAAGGGCUCUGAGCACCGCAGAGGACUAGGCACAUCUUAAGAAUUCAUUAUGAAAAGGAAUUUUUAAUUAUGUUGCUGUGCUUUUCCACCAUAAGAGUUGAAAAAUAUAGCAGACAGUAUUCUCUGAGGCUCCACACAAUAAAGCGUGGUAGUUACUUACAUUCAGACUUUAUUUUAUUCAGGCCUUACUGGUGUAUAUAUUGGUGGUAGAUUCCGGUAUUAAUAUUUGACCUGCUUUUAUGCAAAGCUGGACUACACUGGCAGUCUGCUGUAUGUUCUGCUGCGUUGCCAGUCACCACCAUGUGGGAAUAGGGCUCUGAUAUACUUUCAGCACCUUAUUGGGACUAUUCUUCCCCCCUGCCUUCCCUCAGCAGAGUGACUUCACAUAAGGUUGAAUGGCUAUUUUUGUAGUCUCUUAGAUAAAUCUUUCUUGGUGUGUUCAGUAGGUCACCAUGAAUAAUGUGCUUUUCCCAUUUGGCAGCCAGGCUGGAAACCUAGGGAAAGGGGAAGCAGAGAGUAAGGUGAGGAUUCAUUACUGUGGACUGUGCUUAGCCAGGGUGGUGGGGCUGCCCUCUGAAGGAUAGGUUCAAGCAAAGGCAACCCCAGGCAAAGGUUCAUCUCAUGCUGCUCAUGGUAGGAGUGGCGGUGGGUACCCUUGACCUGGAGCUGCUGGAGAGCUUGUGGGUCUGAGAACCAGGCCUAAAACUGUUCUCCAAGCAGCUCCAUCAGAGCUCACAGGUGAGACUGCUUCCCCAUCCCACCCCAGCAAGUGUGCUGCUCACAGAGGAAACAGUGUGUGGUGGCAGGGUUCAGGAUUUGUCCCUGUUCGCACGUAGGCUCAGUUUCUUGGCUGUUGUAAACCUGGUGAUGCUUGAAAUGGAUGGCAGCUAUGUCACAUCCCAGCACUGCACAGGGGAGUUGCUGAUCACCUUCAGCAGUCCCUGUGAGAGGCUCCUGCCCAUCUGGAAACCCCCCAGGGUGCUGGAGGGAGAGCUGGUGUCUGCAGUGUUUCCUAACCCCACUCCUCCUGGCUCACCAGCCCUUACUCCCUGCAGCUGCUUUGCAGGAGUUCACACCACCAGUACUUUAUCUUCUUUGCUACAACGCUGCUGCCCCAUGGCACUUUAAACAGCCGGGCUGAUGCAAUUCAAGUGAGGAUGGAGGCAGAGAGCUGCGCAAGCCUGUAGUGAUGGACAGCACAGCACCAUCACUUCCUACCCCGACAGGGACCCUGAAAUGCAGCUCGUGCUUCCAGCUACAAACGGAGCCCUGAUGAACUUUCAUAGUUUCAGUGUUUUCUUGUACAAGCAAAAUUUUCCUUUUCCUCACAUGCAGGAAAGGCAGAUGACUGCUUGCCCCCGCCCUGUAGCAAAGAGUUGAUGAAUCAUUUCCUUUUCCAUAUUUCAGUAAAAUUGUGUUGUUCAGAGCUCAUCUAGAGCGUGUUAAUGUUUUGAGUACUUGCACUCUUCUCUUUGCUCUCUUCCUGCAAUUGUCCAAAGGCUAGAUUUUUUGUCUCCUUCCCAAUAGUUGUCACUUGCUCAGCAGUGUUGGCGGGUGGGUUUGCCUCUAUCAGUGCAAAUUAGGUUUUUUUACUCAUUUUCUAGCCAGCCUUUAAUUUUUAUUGUGCAUUGGUGUUCAUCAGUCUGGUUUUAAAGCAUGAAUGUGCACUUCUAACAGAGAGAGUGAUCUUCUACGUAAAGGAAACCAGGACACUGCUACUUGUACCUUUAGAUCUUGGAGAUUUUGCUUGGAGUGUUGAAUAUAAAGCUAGCAUUGUAUUUAACAAAAAAUAUAGUUCAGAGUUUAGAGUAACAGACUUUUACUAAAGCUGGGCUUUCUGCAUGGUGAACCACUGCUUUGUGUGCUUGGCUGUUUGACAGGGAGAUUAGUAUGUCAGCAGAGAGAGACGUGUUGCUUUUCAUUAGGUGGAGCUGGAUACACCAUCAGAGGCCCUAGUUUUGAUUUAAAUACUGGCUGCAGUGGCGGUAGUUCAGUAUAGAAAGUGGAGAUUGGCUUGACUUGUAUGUAUUGCUCUUGGAUUGGCAAAAAAAGGAGAUGAAGGGACAGUGUGAUUUAUUGUCUAGGCACUAGAAGAGGCCUGGGAAGAGGUGUACUUUCAGCAUUCCUAUAUUGUAGUCUAUACAAUAAGCUAAAUUAAGUACCAAUCUAUAAACCCAAGGAACAAGGAAAAAAACUUGGAGUUUGGUUAAGGGUGCUGAUUACAUGAGUGUCUUGGAGGAGGAGGAGGAAAAAGAGGCAAAACCCGGGCACUGAAAGGAGGAAGCCUGGUACCCAGCUUUUAUGGGCUAUAUAUUAUAACCCAGGACCUGGUUUCCAGCUAGUCAGCAAGCUACCUGUGUUGCGAAAUGCAUAAGUAGGAGCGGAGGCUUUUUCCCAAAGCUCCUCUUUCCUAAAGCUGAUUCAUAUCUGCCCUUAUUGUUAUCUGUUGUGUUCACACGAUGGAUUUUUUCUUUUGUUAGCCUGUUUUCCUUCCUCAUUUUUAAAGAAUAGCUUAUCUGCAUGCCCCAGAAGGGUGUGCCUCACAAAGAUCACAAGCUUUUCACAGUGAGCUGCGGCCAGCCCACCUACUACCAGAAAAUAUGCUGAGCUCUUCAAACUCAGUGCCACAUCGCCUUUGAAAAGGUGGAGAUUGCACUGAGAUGUGCACUGGUGGGACUCGCCUGGAUCUGGAGCGUCCGUUUCCACUGCUGACAGGCAAGUGUGCUUACAGCAUCAUCUCAUCUUGGAGAGUUACUACUUUUGUGUUUCAGAGCUCUUCAUCCCUGGUGCCCUGUGCUGCGAAGGGCAGGAGCAGUAGGACACAAGGGUAUUUCUGGACACGUCUGUCGCAUGUACACAGUGACCAGAGCUCAAGUUUUGGAGUUGGAAAAGGAGCCUUCAGCCAAGCUCUGCUGUGAUGUGAGUGGCCUGGGACCAGUCACAUAAUGCAUUGUCACUCUUUGCCUGCCUCCUCACGUACUUUAACUGCAUACCUGCAUAUUUCAUUGGAUUGUUGUGAAGCCGGUAGAAGAUUGAAUUCAUUCUGUUGAAGUCUUACAGUAUAACCCUCAUAUUACUGAGGCUCCAGUAGCAGAGGAGAGGGAAGGCACUCUCUUUGUCAGGAACCUUUGCAAUGGAUGACAGAGCAGACUCUCUGACAGUGCAUCUCCUCGCCAAUUCGGGACAUUCACUGCUUCUGCAGCAAACUCUGGAUCGGCUUUUAGAGUGGAUCUGCCUGGACGUUCGCCUUUUCCUGGUGUCUGAGCGGGUUACUCCACUGAAAUACUACGAGAGAUAUCAGAAGAGAAGCCGCGGCUUUCCUGGAAUAUCCGUUCUCCUUUUUCUACAUGAGAACUUGGGAGAAGAACGGAUUUUCCAGGUCCAUGAGCAAUUCCAGCGCCCGCCCUGGCGCUACCGCUGUGCCCAGAUUGCUAAUGGGCAAAACUACCCUUAUUCCCUUGCUCACCAGGACUUCUACAGCCUGGAUGACCAGAUGCCUGUGUGGGGCAUCAGGCGGGUGCACUGUGGCCCUGAAAUCCUGCGUGUCACCCUCUACUGCAGUUUUGACAACUAUGAGGAUGCAGUGAGACUCUAUGAGAUGAUCCUACAGAAAGAAGCAACCAUGCAGAAAAGUAACUUCUGUGUCUUUGUGUUGUAUGCAACCCACAUCAUUGCCGUGCAGCUCUGCUUGAAGCAGCUGCCCAUCGGGGUGGCUGCUGAGCCAAAGGAGUCAUCAGCCUUGCAGUUCAAGGUGCAAGAAAUAGGGCAGUUGGUGCCUCUCCUGCCUAACCCAUGUAUUCCCAUCAGUAGCACCAGGUGGCAAACGCAAGACUAUGAAGGAAAUACAAUUCUGCUUCAGGUUCAGGAGAGCUCUAAGCCCCGUGAAACAAAUGUUGUGCUUUCCCAUCGGCAUAAUAAUGCAGGCAAUGACAAAACCCUGCAGGACUCUGCCACAGCCCCUCUCCCUGUCAAGCGGGGUAACCCUGGGCGGAGAAGUCAGGAGGUCAGAGCCACAAAGGGCAAAACAAAACCUGACCAGGGCAAAGCCCUUACUCCUGAUCCAGCCAGCGGUGACCUCCACAGGCACUUCGGCUCGUCUCUCGGUGGUGCAGCAGCCUGGCCGUGGUGGGAAGCCACAUCCCUGCGCAGGCAGGGGAGCAGCAAGCUGCAGGCCUCCCUCCAGGAGAGCCGUGCCCGCCGGCAGGCAGCGGAGACCGACGUGGACACCGGGCUCGCUGUGGGCACCGCUGCGAGCGGCCGCUGCGCGCUGAGCCGCUUCCACAGGGACCUGCGGAGCAGCCUCCUCCUGCCGCGAGCCGCGGCCGGCAGCGCCCUGCCCGCCCGGGGCUGCACCCAGCGGCUGCAGGCUGCAGCCAGAAGGGGUGAAGACACAGGGCAAAGAGCAUCGAGCUGCUACCCGCAGGCACCACGAGUCAGCCCCGCAAACAGAGCGGAGGACGAGGAGGAGGAGUUCUUCAUAUGACUGAAAACAAACGUGCCAGAUAGACUCAUCAUUUCCAAAUGACAGCGAAACACUUCUGUGUGUAUUGUGCCUGCUCAUCCUGUGGCCAUUGAUGCUCAGCUUACCUAUGUAGCUGUGAUUACAUUUCAGUAGUCGGUUCACCAAGGCAGACACUUACUUUCCAUGGAGUGAUGCUAAGAAGGCUGCAGGCAAAGCAGGAACGAUAACACUGUUUACAGAAAGGUUUAUUUUUUUUUUUUUUUUUAAUGCAGAAUAGGUUGGAGGAUUAUUGUGCAAUGAAUAGAAAUAAGCCAUAUGACUCUUAUUCUAAGAUGCUAAAAAAUAGCCAGUGAGAUCUUCUGAUGGGGUUAGACAGUGCAAUUUGCCUAAGCUGCCCAAGGAGCUGGAUGCCUUCAGCCAUGGGAAGCUCAUCCCUCUCUGUGGCAUAUUGGAACCAAGGUAGUUGUGUUGUCACAGUGGUUACAUUACACCAGUUUUCCUCUGUGUUCCUUCUUGUGCCUCUGUUCUUGGUAUUUAAAAGAAUGUUGUAAAUUUUAUGCAAGAUGUGAACCAUAAGAAUGUUCUUUUAAAAUAUUUUUAAGGAAAAUAAAAUCUAGAGAGAGCUUUUCCCCCAAUUAGCACAGUACACACAAAAAGCAAACCCUUGCAGAGAACAGUUUGAGCUCCAGGAAGACCUGCAGCUGCCUAUUCAUGACAGCAAUCCAGCUGGGCUCUGUUAGGCCAGUGUGAGUUAUCAGCAGGCAAUCCUACUUGUGUUUUAAUUAACAGAAGACAGGAGAAGUUAAGAGUCUUGGCUGAAUGCUGGAGAAUAAAAAGGACAAAAGAAGUGAAGUAAUGUUUCAGCAACAGAUGCUGAAAUAACUCCCAUCUUGAUUGGCGCUUUCUUUUCUCAAGUGGGAUUAAAUAAAUCUCAAAGCGAAAGAGAUGAGAAAGGAGCGAUAGAGGUAUGAAAUUGUUAAAAGAAAAGCCAAACCUGUUUACCUUCCAAACAGCACAACAAAGAAGUAUUUUCUCCUUCAAUAUCUGAAUUCUGCUUUACAUGAAAGUGUGAAGUUGUUGGAGAGCUCCUUCUCUUUGCCUCUUCUUAGUUCGUAACUCAAGUUUGACAGGUGAUGGCUUCUAGUGGCCCAAGGGGAACAGAAGAUGAUGUGCAGCAGCAGAGGGAGAUCUGCAAGGAGUUCUGCACAGUUUUAUGGGUAUUAACUUGUACAUGUGCCAGCUGAAUGCAGCCCGCACUGCACUGCUGCAGCUUCGCUACCCAGGAACAUCCAAACCCACCCCUCUGCUGCUGGUGGGCUGUGCAGCCCAGUGGGACUGGAGCGUGGUGCCACUGAUGUGUGUUAGCUCGGACUUUGGGAAGGUUCUGGGGAAGUCUGGAACUGCAGCUGAGUUCUGAAGAGCUGCAGGUGGGAAUAGGGCAGUACCUGCUCUGUGCCUCUGUGCCCUCCCUGCUGGUGUUACCCUGGAAGCAUUGCUCAUGUACCCUUCGAUUCAGGGACCGAAUCCUGCAGAGCGCUGAACAGGACACUUAUUUCACUGGACACUUAUUUCAAUGGACAUUUAGAACCAUGUUUUUGUAAGCUCUGUAAAAAUUUGGGACUUUUUAAUAAAUCAUACUGUGAUAUUUUACA